ACUGAUGCACACAUUCACAGUACGAACUAUUUUCACCAACGAAAAUGUAUUAUGAAUAUUGUUCAAUUUGCUUGACUAAACUGUACGUUAUGUCUUUGUACUAGAGUUCGUGAUUAAUUGAAUGAGGGUGAAUGAAUGAGAGAACGACAACGGGGGACAGCACUACACAAAUCAAAUGGCGAUCGGUCGGUGCGAAAGUCUGUCGCAUUCUCGUUUAAUAUUUGGUGUAUAUCAGGUUCAUUUAAAUUUAUUUGAAGAGUAUAAUUGCACCAAAAUCUGGUUUAUUUGUAUCUGAAGACUAGAUGUUAAAAUAAAUUGUAUCAAGUUAAUCUCACUGUAAUAACUUCGUUACUAGAGCUGUGAUGAACAUUUUUGUGCUUAUGUGCAGUGAAUAAAGAAUUACUGUGAUCACAUAUGGACCGAGGUGUUAAAACUGUAUAGACGAGCAUAUAUUUGCCGUGUAGUAAUUGGAAUAAUACUUUGAAAUGUUCAUUGUUGUGAGAAAUUCUAACCUCAACUGUGCGUCUUUGUGAAUACGUCGGAACUUUUCCUGUCGCCUGGUACGAAAUCUACGUAAAAGUUUACCUCAUUUGUUAUAUAUGAUUCAACGCGAGUAUCAAAUGAACAACGGGUUUAGUACAGGAGAAGAAGAUUCAAGAGGUAAUUUGGAUCAAAUAUGUUGCCUUGUGGAUGAUGGUGAGCGAUGCAGACGGUCUGCUGGGAACGCCGCAUACAGCAAGCGCAUUCAGAAGACUGUCACGCAGAGAAGGCUCAAACUCAAUAUAGAUCUUCAGGCAAGGCAUACAUACAUUUGUGAUUUUCACAAAAACAUGAUACAAUGUGCAAGAACUAAGCAGAGGAGAGUUAAGGACUCUGAAGACGAUAGCAAUGAGGCUGAGAUGGAUUCACCAGAAGUAGACUGGUUUCAAUUGCAAGUGCCCACGUUGAGGAGGUACAAGAAGCACUAUAAGGUCCCCACUAGGCCGGGAUGGAACAAGGCUCAAUUAGCUGAAGCUAUUCAGAAACACUUCAAGUCAUUACCAGUCAAUGAAAAGGAAAUCACAACAUACUUCAUUUACAUGGUGAAAACAAACGGCAAUAAAUUGGACCAGAAAAAUGGAAUAAAUUCAGAUUCCCUUUAAUUUAGUGUAUGUGACUGUUAUUUACAUAAAUGUAGUUUUAACAUUUAGAUAUAAGUCCAUGACUCCUCAAUUUUCUCUUAUAUUUUCAAUCUACAAUCUAGAUACUUUACAAAAGUAUAGAUAUAUGAAUUGAGAAUCAUUAUGAAUAUAUUUUGAAGUAUAUUACUUCAUGCCAAAUUGAUAAUGCUACAGAUUGCAAUGAAAUAAGCAAUAGCAUGGAUUGGAUUGGUAUUAAUUUUAUUUUAAGAAUGCCCAAAUGAACUUCUGUAGAUUUGAUUUCAAGUUUUUGUUAAUAUCAAUUUACAGAGUUCAAAAUGAUUAUUUAUUGUACCACUUAGCAUAGUUUGAUGAAUUUUCAAUAGUGUUAAUUACGAAAUCUUAACAGCUCUCAUAUACGUAGCUCAGUAGCAGUUGUGAAGAUAGCAUACAAGCAUGGUGGAAGACAUAAAUGAACCCAAUUAUAAAUAUAUGGUCGGGGAAUAUUUGCCUCAUAUUACAACUCAUCUUCAGAACCAAAAUUAUUUGAUGAUAUAUAACCAUCAUCUGUUAUUUUUUUCUGAUUCUAAACUUACUAUCACACUUUUGUCACUAAUUUCAAUUAAAAGUUUCAAUUAGGUGAAUAAA